AUGUCUUUCACAACGUCUUCUUCAGUCACACUACCAGUGCCCGUUGUAGAAGAUGUUCAACAAGACGUGCGGAUCAAGACCGGCAACGAGAACAGCUCCGAGCUCACUUUGACGCCUCCGACUAAAGUCUUCUUCCCACCGAGCAGCAAUUCCUCAACGCAUACUCUCGUGGUCACCGAUUGCGGCCCUUUUCAACCACCGACUCCACCCGCCUCGAGUAGCUCAACCGAUUACACUGAUGACGACGACGACGACGACGACGAUAACGAGAUCGCCGUCCCAUCAAAGAAGGGUAACCGCCCCUACCGAUACCUCCGCUGGAACUUUGGCUCCGUCUACAGACGCAUCUUCAGCCUCGCCUUCUUGGGCAACAUUGCAGCCCUCAUCUUGGUCAUCGUCCGCUCCCUCAUCGGAGGCAUCCAGCUCACACCCCAGACCUGCGCCACGGCCGUGUCGGCAAACAUCCUCGCCGCCCUCUUCAUUCGUAACGAGCACACCGUUAACGCACUCUUCAAACUCUUCGUUCUCUUCCCGUCUGCCAAGGCACCCCUCCGCGUACGCCGCGCCUUUGCCAAAGUCUACUCGUACGGCGGCAUCCACAGCGGCUGCGGCGUGGCCUCCUUCUUCUGGUUCGUCGCCUUCCUCGUCGUCCUCACGGCCCAGUUCAAGAACCCGACAAACGCCGUUCGCACCUACAUCCUCUUCGACAGCUACCUCAUCUGCGCCUUCCUCGCCGCCAUCAUCGGCUUCGCCCACCCCAAGGCCCGCGUCCUCCUGCACAACUGGUUCGAGGGUACCCACCGCUUCCUGGGCUGGUCCGUCAUCGUCCUCUUCUGGACCCUCGUCCUGAUGCUCGCCGAGAAUGACAGCGCAACUGCCGAUAUCCCCUACGCCGCGUCCCUUGCCCUGACCCCGUCCUUCUGGAUGCUCGUCGCCAUCACCCUCCUGGUAGCGUACCCUUGGACACGCCUCCGCCUGCGCGACGUUGAGGCCGAAGCCAUGUCGGACCACGUUGUCAAGCUCAACUUUGACUACGCAGAUGUUCACUACGGUCAAGCGGUCCGCCUCACCGACGCGCCUCUCCGCGAGACGCACGCCUUCGCCGUGAUCCCGAACCCUGCCGCCCCGUCCAACGAUGUCGAAAAGGGUCAAACAACAGGAGGACUUUCCAACGCCGGAAAGAAGGGCUUCUCCGUCCUCGUCUCCAACGCGGGCGACUGGACGGACAAGAUCAUCAAGAACCCGCCCAAAAAGAUCUGGACCCGCGGCGUCCCGCAGUACGGCGUCCUCCGCGUGGCCGGCCUCUUUGAGCCGUGCAUCGUCAUCGCCACGGGGUCUGGCAUCGGUCCUUGCCUGAGUCUGUUUGUGCAGAGGCCGGACCACCCCGUGCGCAUCAUCUGGUCGACGCAGCGGCCCGCCGAGACGUACGGGCAGGCCGUUAUCGAUACGCUCUACCGGGCCGACCCGGACGCCGUCAUCAUCGAUACCAAGAAGACGGGGCGGCCGGACUUGGUGGCUAUCACGUACCGGAUCUGGGAGACUAGUCGUCGGCAGGCGCUGGGUCUCGCGCAGAAUGAGGGAGUUGCUGCGACGAGGACCAAGAAGAAGAUGGGUCCUUGUGAGGCUGUUGUCAUCAUCUCGAACCAAAAGGUGACGAGAAAGGUUGUGUAUGGUCUUGAGAGCAGGGGUAUUCCCGCUUACGGCGCCAUUUUCGAUUCAUAG